UGCCCUUUACUCUGUGAUCCACUUGUCACUGUCACCUGUCACUCCUGUCAGUGUCAGUGAUAACUUUUGCAAAAUUUCCUUUCCUGCAACGCCACCAUCUCGAAAAACAAUUAUUUUCUAGGUUUUCUACUAGUAUUUUAACGGCAACUUUCUGCAGACCAUGUCGGGCCGCGAGGGAGGUAAGAAGAAGCCUCUGAAGGCACCAAAGAAGGACAAGGCGGAGCUGGACGACGACGACCUCGCCCUCAAGCAGAAGAUGAAGGAACAACAGAAGGCUUUACAGGAGGCAAAAGCGAAGGCAUCCCAGAAAGGACCACUAACAGGAGGUGGAAUAAAAAAAUCGGGGAAGAAGUGACCAAACAACUCAUUUAUAAUUAAAUACUUAGGUUUACUACUCUCGUAAGAAUGUUAAUGCUACCCAAUAACUUACAUUAUUAUUGUAAUCGUCAAUACUACAGAUUUGAUCACAAAAAUAUCUACUUUCUGUUCUUUUUAUAUGUUUAAUGAUUUUGUGGAUCUUGUAAUGGUUCUUGAAAAUAAAUAAACUAGUAAAUUAACAAGAUUUUCUUGGGUCUACUUGGUGGAAAGUAUUUAUAAUUUAAAAUAAUACAAUGUCUUUUUGCAUUUACUUAAAAACCACAAAAUAAACAUCAAUUUUAUUUGGUUAAAA